GCCUGUAUUUACUUCAGGUCCAGUUAGCCCGCUGGUGCCGCUGCUGCUGCUGCUGUUGCCGCUGCUACUGCUGCAAUGGAAGUAAACAGGGACGAAGCGGAGCGCUGCAUUGACAUUGCAACUGCGGCAUUAACAAACAACCAGCCGGAGAAAGCGCAGAGGUUCCUGGAGAAGGCGCAGAGACUAUUCCCGACAGAGAAAGCGAAGGUACUGCUGGAGCUGAUAGCUAAGAAUGGAUUUACACCCAGACAAGGCGGCCACUCAAACUUCAGUGGGGGCUCGGGGGCUCGACAGCGGCAGACCAACAGCGCGGACACCAGACCUGAAGAAAAGCCGUCAGAAGCCCCAAAAUCCUACACGGCAGACCAGUUAGAGGCUGUGAGGAGGAUAAAACAAUGUAAAGACUUCUAUGAAAUUCUCGGGGUCCAGGCAGACGCCCCGGAGGAUGAACUCAAAAGAUCAUAUAGAAAACUUGCUUUGAAAUUCCAUCCAGACAAGAAUCACGCUCCUGGUGCUACGGAGGCAUUUAAAGCAAUUGGGAAUGCGUAUGCUGUUCUAAGUAAUGCUCACAAAAGAGGAGAGUAUGAUCAAUGUGGCGAAGAGAGGAAGCAUCCUUCAAGCAACAGCUCAGAGAAUGGGAACUUCGAGCCAGAUAUUUCACCUGAAGACCUCUUUAACAUGUUCUUUGGAGGAGGUUACCCGUCAAGUAAUGCUAACGUGUACACGAAUGGACGGAUGCGUUACCAAAGGCGAGAGGGAAGAGAGCGACAGAGGGAAGGAGGCCUCGCUCUCUUCGUGCAGGUCAUGCCCAUCAUCAUCCUGGUUAUUGUGUCCGCCCUCAGUCAGAUCAUGGUCAACAGCCCCCCCUACAGCCUCAGCUUCAGGCCGUCGGCAGGCUACACACAGAAGAGGCUGACGGUGAACCUGAAGGUGCCAUAUUAUGUGGGGGAUCAGUUCUCCAGGGAGUACACUGGACUGAAUUUAAAGAACUUGGAGCAGACGGUGGAGGAUGAUUUUGUUUCCAACCUUCGCAACAAUUGCUGGAAGGAGAAGCAACAGAAGGAAGGCAUGCUUUACAGAGCUCGCUAUUUUGGAGACACUGAUCUGUACCAAAGAGCACAGAGGGCUCGCACGCCAAGCUGCGCCAAGCUGUCCGAGAUCUCAGCUUCAUUACAUGGUUGAUGCUGCUUUCAUAAUUAAAAGUUUCCAGAAUUAACACGAAAGAUUAUUGGCUGUAAAUAGAUGCUUUAACAAUCUGGAGACUGAAGAUGACUCAACAAGCAACACAAGCAAGCCAGCACCAAUCUGCAUCAAAUCGACCACACAAAUUGGUUCGAAAGCCAUGUCUGUGGAAUUUUAGUUUGUGAAAUUAAAAUCUAAUAUUAAUAUAAUGUUUUGAAAUGAAGAAAAAAAAACAACAACCUUAAAAUAGCUUGUUCUCCCGACAAGAAAGGGGUUU